AUGGCAUUCCCUGCCCAAUACUACCCUCAUCUUCAACAGGAGGAGGAUUAUAGUACUGACAGUGUCGACGAUGAUUAUUCUGAUGACAUGGAGUCGCACAUUCUCAAUACGUAUACGUAUCGGGAGGCUCCGUUUCGUCCCAUUGGACACAAAGUCAUGCGUAUGAAGACUGACUCCCUGUCUUCAGAGAGCAGCAGUGGUAACCAAAAUAGUCCGGAAUACUCCACACAAAUAAGUGUGCCACUGAGGCAUUCUGUUGACAGCAAUGGUGACGAUAAUGAGGUUAAUAUAAGUCACACAAGUCAAAAUAGUAGUAGUAGCUCAGACGAUGAAAGCUCUGAGCUAGAAGAAAGUAUAGACGUAGAGACUGCAGAAGAUAAUGCCGUGACAGAGAAUGGAAUUGAACUGAAUGAAGAACAGGAUAUCAGUUUGGAUUAUGAAGAAAUUCUCGCAGUAGAAGAUGCAGAAACAGGAACUGAAAUAGAAAUACACAAGUCUUUACCAACGUCUCUGGAGCUCAAUGAGAAUUGUUUGGUAGAAGAAGAUGAUUAUUUGGUUUACACUGUGAUUGCCGUAGAUCCAGAAGACUGUGACGACGAUGAAGAAGAAGAAGAGGAAGAAAGAACAGAAGCUGAUGCUUCUGUCAUACAGACAGAAGCUAUUUUAAUGAUAGAUACUCCGAAUGGUACUGAUAUCAGCCAAAAAUCUAUCACAUAUCCAGAAAGAAAUACUAAAGAGGAAGUGGCAAAUGUAGAUUCUCCAGUAGUUUCAAAUGUCAAUAAUAAUGUAGAUGAAAAUGAACACAUACUGGAGGAAGACGUUCCUGUAGUCAGAGCUAUCGAUGACUAUUUUAACAAAGAAAUGCCUCUCCCAGUUGGAGACACGACUUUACACGAAUUUCUAACUAAAACAUCUGAUGAACAAAUUACUAAAGUACAUAGUAACGAUUUCAUAUCAGAAAAUAUGAAACAAAUUACAUCAAAUGAAUCAAGUAAUUACAUUGAUUCUGACCCUCAUGAAAAUCAGGUAACAGCCUUAUCAAAAGAGGACUUAGAUGCUGGGCCAAAAAUCGAAAGCAUAAAAAGAUACCUCUUAGAAGGUAUUCAUACAGUCACGAAAUUACGGCACGUACAAAAGUCUUGUUCAGUGCCGCAAUCACCUAUGCCCCAUAUCUGUAUUGAAUACGACGAUAUCAAACAUAGUAUGACGUUUGAAGACCUAGAUUUGUCUGAUCUAGGUUUAGAAAGCGAUAAAGAUAAAUUAGAUACCAGUAUACCGCGUAUUUUAACGGAUGAAGAUGUGAAUAGCUUUUUAAUUACUGAGAAAAAGGAGAUACGCGAAGAAAUAAUACAAGAAGAGGACAAUUUCCAUAUCGAAGAUAUGGAACUUGAGCGCCCUCUUGAAGCAACUAUUUCUGUUCCUUCGCCUGUCCAUAUGUUGAAUCGGUCAUCCACACCCAUUCCAACAGUCCUAGAUUUUUGUAUCGAAAAGGUACCAAAUAAAAAAGAAUUAGCGACAGAGGCAAAAGGUGAAUUAGAAGAUUUCGUGGACGUGGAAUCAUGUAACGAGACAGUAUUGCCAGUUCUGGAAGCGAAUAAUUUGAAUUCUCUGUUAGAACAAUUCGAAGCUUCUGAAAAUAUGAACAAAAAGAAAAAGGAAAAAUCAAGUGUUGUGACAUCCAAAAACAGUUUAAAAAGUGGUUUAUCCAAUGGCACGCGGCUUCAAGACGCUGGAAUGCAAUUAAACAAGAAUAAAAUGCGGCAAAUACUCAUGCCGCCUACACCACUGAACGCGACUAGCAGGCGGUCACCGAGUCCCGUUCACUCGGAUCAUGACUACUGCUCGCCGAAAAAGCGAAGCAGCUUGCCCAAACUCAAGGGAGGGCAAAGCUUACUUAAGCCCGAUAUAGUCACGAAGAAUAGAAUGCUUAAUUCUAGACAUAGGUCGUGUAAAAGUAAAAAAGUGGUUUACCAUUUGAGUAGUGACGAGGAAGACAAUGGUGUUAAAAAUAAGAAAAAUGUGAAAGAGGAUACAGAUUCUAAAAAAAGCAGUAGUAAACAGCCCGUACAGUCGAACUGCCGUAGAAAACUGUCCCCACCCCUAAGUGCACCAGAUAGUUGUAAAGAUAAUAAAAAAUCUGUGAUCGAAAAGGAUGCUUCUAAAGCGAGUGAUAUUAAUAGUCAAAAUUAUAAUGGUAGGAUUAAGUUACUUAUUAAGAAUAAAUCUGAAGUUAUACUAAACUGUGAUCCUGUGGACUCUCAGAAAAAUAUAGACAAGUGUAAACAUAGUGAUAGUGAAAAAAUUAACAAUUUAGACAAAAAAGAAAAAAAAAUAGAUAGGCAAAAAGUAAAAACUUUGGAUAAUACAGAGACUGCUCCUCAAAAGGAAUCCCGUUCCAAACAGGACAACUUUUACACAGCAUUGUUUAGUAAUAAGCAAGAUGUUCAGAUACCACAGCCAUUAAAACUCAAGCCGGAGAAGAAGCCAAAUAAUGAAGAAUUUAAUAAAUGCAUGUUGGUAGCAGCUAUUACAAAGGAAGUCGAACAACCCCAAAAGAAAAAGAAACUAAAUCUUCAGGAAUAUAAGUUGAGAAAAGGAGCUAGUUCGAACAAUAGCUCCGCGACAGUAAGUCCUGAAGCGAUAUUUCCUGACAUGCCCAGUCCUGGACAGGAUAAAACAAUUAAAUGCCCACUCGUGAAAACGAAUGGGGCAAAUAAUACCCCUAAACCUAACGAACCAGAAUAUUUUGACCCCAUUAAAGAGGCAUCGAGGAAAAUAUUGCUUAAUACCAAUAAAAAGAAAGCAGAGGCUCUCCGGAAAAGAGAAGAAAACAUUGUUAUGAGCAAAAUACCGAAAGUUGACAUUCUUCAACUACAGCCGCUUAUAAGCGAGGCUGAGAUGUUACAAAUAACUGGCAAGAAACCCCAACCUGAAAUAUUGCCAGCGCCUUCGCAUACUGAUAAACCGCAACCGUCGACGCAGCAACAGUAUGAAGAAUUAAUAUUAGUAAGCGUAGGUACUAAUACAGAUGCUAAAAUUAGUCACAUCGAAGAGCCUGAAGUAAAAGCAACAUCAUCUCUUAUUAACUUCAAAAUUAAAAAAGCCGACAAUGUCUUAAAACAGAAUGUGUUCGAUGUUAAAAAGGGAAAAAUAUCACCUACAGAUGAUAAAAGUGACAAAAAAAUUGAUAAAAAACGUUACAAAGACAUCACCGCAACGUUAAAGAGUGUUGAGAAACAGGUUGAAACGAGAAAUUUGACUAAUUCAUUAUUCUCUAGUAUCCAAGAUGUCGUCUUGAAGAAAGCUCCCGAGCAGGUUGAAUCGGUAGAGUCAACCAGUUCUAAGUCUCAUCAUGAGAAACGUAAUAUAACAAUAAUUAGAGAAUAUGAUCCUAAAGCGGAACACGGCGAAGACAAGGUCAUAUUACAUUUAGGCAAGAAUAAGAAUAAACCAGUGACUUCUACCAUAAGUGUACAAACGGAUUCACUCCCCGAAUUUACUGAGCUAUCAGUUGCGAAGACGUUCAAACAGAAAGCCAGUCCUGCUGCUCCGGCCCGACAGAGGAAUGACAGUGACAUGUCGGUAUCCAGUGAAAGUACUUCAUCGAAGAAAAGCAAUGAGUCACAAGCUAAAAAUAGAAAAACAAACAUAGUAUCUAAACACAAAGAUUCCCGGGUUAAUAAAGUGCAUAGAUCUCGGUCAAAAGAUCGGUACGACUCAAAAUACAGUAGACGGCGGUCGAAGUCAACAUCGCGCGGGCGGAGAAGAAGAUCGCACAGCCGUAGUCGCAGUCGUAGUAGGUCUAGAUCCCGAGGCUAUAGGAGAUACAGACGGUCAGACUCUCCAUACAAGAGGAAACACAGGUCGAGGUCGCCAUACCAGAGCAGGUCUCAUAGAUCGCGCUCCAGGCCAACCGACACUCGGUCAAAGAGUCCUGCCGCUAAAAAGUUGAAGUUGACUCCUCCUACGAACAACGAAAGGAAGAACAUCAAGUCCCACACCCCACCUUUACGGAAACCGACAAUUUCCGAAAGCUCAGAUUCAUCGUCGUCUAGUUCCUCCUCCUCCUCUUCAUCGUCUUCUUCGUCGUCGUCCUCGUCCUCGUCAUCGUCAUCUUCGUCGUCAAGUUCAGCAAGUUCUACAAAGUCGAGGAGAUCAGUCAGCUCAUACAAACGAGAUGAACCCUACAAGUCUUCUAAGAGCUACAGGGGUUACAACUCUGAAGAUAGGGAGAGUAACACACUCGUCGAGGAACGAAGAAUAGUGUUCGUCGGUCGCCUGGAGAAGGAUAUCACGAAAAUGACGUUAAAGAACCAAUUUUCCAAAUUCGGCCACGUUGUGGAAGUACGGUUACACAGCAAGGAGGAUGGGUCUAGAUACGGUUUCGUAACAUACCAACGAGCUCGGGACGCCUGGGCGGCAGUGGAGGCUGCCAGCUCGUUCCCUCAGUACGACGUCGGGUUUGGAGGCCGACGGGCCUUCUGCAGGCAAAGCUAUGCUGAUCUCGAUGGUCUUGAAGCCAAAUACACCGAGAGCGCCUUCCAUGGGCAAGGGGCGCUGCUUCCAAUGGAGGAUGAAGACGAAUUUUCAUUUGAUAAAAUGUUACACGCCGUGAGAGUAAAAAUGGAUCAAAGGAAACGCUCAGAUGAAUCCAAGCCUUCCAAGCCUUGACAGUUACCUUUAAUUGGCUGGCGUAUCAACAUGGUGCUCUCUCUUAAAAUCAAAGUGACAUUGUGUGAAAAUGACGGAUUUUAUCCAGCCCCAGUGAGCCAAGUGACAGUGAUUUAGGUUAAAAGUGAACAGUGGAACUGCGUAUUUACUAGACCGCUGGCUUCUCAUUAAAAACGGUUUUUCGGUAAGCAACUACAUUUAGUAUUCUAACACUUACCUCGGUAGAACUUUCAGUCAUAGUAGUAAGCAACAUAGUAUGACUAAAUUUAUUUAAACAUGUAUAUAGCGAUGUACUGAUUGACAUUCAAAUUAUCUCGGCUAUGUGUACCUUGUCAAUUUAUUUAUAUUGUGUCAGGUCAUGAUAAAAGGAGUGAGAUUAAAUGAAUUAGGAUGUAAAACCGAAUUAUUAAUGAAAUUCUUAUUACAUAUUUGGUGAAAUCAUGGUUAGGUUAUGCUGUGGAUGCGUGCAAUGACAGCUGUCAGCCGCGACAGCUGUCAAAGUGACAGUUACCUAGUGACGUGCAAUCAAAAAGACAGUGUUCAGCGUUUUGUUGCGAACAAAAUUUGCUCAUGGAUUGUGACAUUGUAUUUGAAAUAAUCGUGGAUUUAUUUACUUGUAUAAAACUUAAACUGAUUCUAAAUGUCACAAUCGUUUUGGUUAUCGUUUCGUUUUUAGCUUAUUAGUUCAUAGUCGAAGUACCUCAAGGAUAUAAAUAGUUGUUUCGUUUUGUUAUUUGUAAAUCUGUUAUUUACCAUUUUACAUUUUGUUUUACUGUCGAACAGUUUGGAUAACUUUGUUAAAAAUCUCUCCCACAUUGUCGAGUCUUUAAAAUAGAACUGUUUUAUAAUCGCAUCGUAACUAAUUCUAGUUUCCUUCUUCUUACUAGUCGUGCUGUAUGCAAAAAAACACAUUAAUGUUAGGACAUAAGUUUCGUUUUGGCUUGUACAUAAUUAUUACAUAGACGGUACCCACAGGAAAUUAUAUGCUGGGACCAUUAGGAGAAAUAAUCUCUUGCCUGUAAAUAAUUGUAGUAAAUUCAUUUCAAAGUUGGACAAAUUGUAUAUAAACAAAUUUAAAUUGAAUUUUCUGUUUGCGCAACUACUUUUCCACAAUAUUUUUACUUGUUGUUUUAAGUCUCAUGCAAUUAGGGGCGACCCUUGCCGUACACUGGACUUGAACUCUAUACUCCACAAUAGUUAUUACAGUUUCAAAAAUUUAAAAACUUAACUUACGGCCUUACUAUUGAAUCCAAUUCCGAUCAAUUGAUAUUCAUAUUGUGAAAAUUCAUACUCCUCAGUUGCAACACUAGCGCUCAUGGCAUCCAUAUUGAAUAUUAUUCAAUGAACUAAAUGGUAUUAAGUUUGGCUUUAUAUUCCAUACUCUAAAUGCUAUUAUAACAGAACGAUUGUAUAAAGUUGAUAUUGAAUUAUUGAGAUUUAUUGGAUUGACAUUAAGAUUGGUUUCAAGAGUAAGUGUCCUGUACUGAAUAUUGAAUCCGACCCAGUGAAGUCAUAAGAUCAUGUUGCGCAAACAAACGUCAGUGUGAUAUUUCUAUGUACAUAUUUCUUUGAUUAUGUAAAAAAUGUUUUAUGUAUGUCACCUUGACUAUUGUUACCAAUUUUUUAUGUUAGGUAUAUAUGUAGACACUCCUAUCUGUACCUUAAUAAAACAUGUUUUAUUUUAACACCGCUUCAUAUUAUUCCAACAUUCUUAUUUGUCUACACCCUCAAUAACUCUUGGUUGCACAUUUUGGUAGUUUUCUCAGUCAAUAACUAAUUGUUUCGAAUUUUCAGCACAAAACAUAUUUUAUAAACUUCCAAAUAUUAUUUUUUUUAAUAAGUACUUACUUAUGUAAUUUUACAUAUAAAUUGCUUUAUCAUAAGAUAGCUCACUAUUUCACAAAAUUCAUAAAAACUAUCGUUUUGAUAUUUCGAAACAAUAAUUAAAUUUUGACUUGGAAACUACCCUGUAUUUAGUAGAUGCUAAUAUAAUAUACUAUUUAUUAUAGAUAACCAUAUAAUAACACUCUUAAAGUAGAUAUGUAGAUAACUAUAGAAAAUAAAUAAAAGACAUUAUAAUAAAAAAGACUUAAGGAAUUGACUAGUAGUCAGUCUCAGUUGAGAAUGCAAUCCAGAGCAUGUUUAUCUACCCCGGGAUUUUUAUGCGAAAUCCCGGGAUCCCGGGACUACCCCGGGAUAAUGGGGUUAAAAUGUAUUUUGAGAUUCGGAAUCCCGGGAUUGUAUUCUCUUUCAAUCUAUCAGUUAGUAGGGUAGAAUGAGGGCUACUGUGAGUGAUUAAACUGCUAGGAUAGCGAUGCGACGUACUAGCGAAUGUAGUAAGAGGUCUCUUGUCUAGUAUACUAUUUGCUAAUACGUCAUUGGUCAUUCAUUUACGGUAAAUUAAUACCAUCUGACCAGAACAGCAGUAGUCCUCAUUAGCUACCAGAGAAAGAUUUUUGACAUAUUGAGUUCCAUAUAAAAAAGGUCGAAUUCACAACUUCUUUCAUUUUGUGAAGUCUGUGAAAAUGUCAAAAUUAUGUCUUGUUAGAAAAUCUAUAGCAUUUGAUUGAGACUGGCUGUAUGUGGCUUCAAUUGAUAUACAAGUAUGUUUGUGCUCUCAUUCUAACAUAAAGGGCUGAAAGAGAUAGGAAGAUUGCUUGAGUAAACAGUAAAAGAUAUUGUAUUUUAUUGAACAAUUCUAAAUAAAUUAUAAAAU